GUCUCGCGUAACUUGGCCAACAACGCUAACGCUCGUGAGCUUGGUCGUUAGCAACCGUAAAUCCUCGAAGACGUUAAAAACGCAAAACGUUUGCACGAUUGUUAGACACGCGGAGACGUCUUACGGUAUAUAUUCAAUGGAGUAUGACACAGUCGUCGGGAAGCGUGGCCGUCUGUAAAGGCGCGGCGCUUCUUUUUUGUUCACCAGUUUGUUGGCGUCGGUGCGGCAAGCUAACGAGCUAAGUGGCUAACGUCCGUUGGUGCCAGUGCAGCGAAACCAGGAAGGAGUCGACCCUUCAGCUUGGCCUCAACACGCUUAAACCUUUAGUUUUUGCUUUAACGCAGCUCGUCCACUCUUGUGAACACGAAGGGAAAAAGGGAUUAUUAAUACUGGCCUGAGUGCAAUCAUGUCAAAGGCUCCAGAUUCUCCGGCUCGGUCCCGCUCCAAAUCAAGAUCCAGGUCCAGAUCUUACUCCAGGUCUCACUCUAGAAGCCGCUCCCGCUCAAGAUCCAGAAAACGUCGCUACAGUUCUAGGUCUCGCUCCCGCUCUCGCUCUCACUCUCCGUCCUACAGAAACUACCCUUCUCGGGACUAUCAGAACAACAGAGGUGGUUUCAGAGGCUACAACCGAGGCUACCGCAGGCCAUACCACUACAGAGGCCGAAACCGAGGCUAUUACGCACGUGGCCAUUACCAAAACAGAGGCGGCGGCUACGGCUACAAGUCUAACUGGCAGGGUGGUGGUGGUGGUGGAGGAGGAGGAGGCUGGCACGAUCGCCACCACGACCAGGACCAUCACCCUCACAGUCCCAGGAGGGGGCGCUCACGAUCCCGCACACCAAAGAAGCGCUCGGGCAGCCGCAGCCGCUCGCGCUACUCCGAUCGCUCGUCUUCGGGGCGAUCCCGCCGCUCCAGACGUUCCAGCUACUCCUCUCGAUCCCGAUCCUCGUCCCCACGGCGUCGCAGCAGCAAGGGCAGACCCGUCUCCAAGGACACUAAGGACAAGCCUUCUGCGAGUCAAGCGGAGAAGUUGGGUCAGGCAGCAGACGGCACCGUCAUCGAGAAGGCGUCCGGAGGCAAGUGGAUCGACUAUGACGCGAGCCCCAAAAGAGCCAGCGCAGAGACUAAGAAAGACGAUGCAGCCUCUGGCCUUGAAGGCAAAGGGUCCGGCGGCCCUCUGUGGAAAAGUGUUGGUACCGUGUCCCCUCCUCCAUCAAAGAGCCCCACGAAGCCCGGACAAACGGCCUCGUUUGGUGGCUUUGGAUUCUUCCCGAAGGAAGAUGGCAAACCUGGCGAUAAGGCUGUGUUCUCUGCUGCCUUCAAAAAGUUCUUGGCUGAUAAAAAUAAAAAGCAAGCGGCCGACAAAGAGAACGGUCGCGAUAAGGAGCAGAACACGGCGGAUAGAGAACUAGAAAAAGGCAGCAAGUCCGGAGAGCUCUUCAACAUCUCGUCCGCUUCUUUCGGUGACUCCAAAGAAGACAAGACCGUGCCUUUCUUUGACGAUGGCGAAGAGGAGUUCUUCAAAUCACAUGGGCUGAAAGAGGGUGACAGCGAGGAAGACGACGAAGUCAAACCUGCUGUCACCCCUCUGGACAUUUUUGGUAAAUGGGGCGACGAGCCGAGCUACUCGACAUCGUACCCGUCUGUGAAGGAGAAGAACCGGAGGGAGGAAAAGACGGAGCCCAUAGAUCACAUGGAGGAGGAGUCGUACCGAAGCAGCCGCAAACACAGCUCCAAGAAAGAGGAGAAGUCCAAGAAGAAGGAGAAGAAAGAAAAGGAGAAGUCCAGGAGAAGUCUGUCUCCUCCCACGACCUCCAGAGAGAAAGACCGGCCGCUGUUUCCUGGAGCUUUCCCUCCUCGAGAACCAUCACCUGUCCGACAUCUGUCUGCAUCCAGGGAAGACUUUGAGCUCAAAUUCGGUUCUUUAGAUGAAAUACCCAGCUCUUCACUGACUAAAGAGCUGCUCAAUCCCUCUAAGAAAGACCCAGAGUUUCGCUCCAUUUUCCAGCACAUUCAGUCGACACAGCUCCGUCGCAGCCCCUCAGAGCUGUUUGCUCAGCACAUAGUCUCAAUUGUGCAUUACAUCAAAGCUCAACACUUCCACUCUACAGACAUGACUUUAAGUGAGCGGUUUGCCAUAUACCAAAGAAAAGCAGCAGAGGUAGAAAUGAUGAAGCCAAGGAAGAGCCCAGAAAUCCACAGGAGAAUCGAUGUCUCCCCCAGUGCCUUUAAGAGGCACUCUCACCUGUUUGAGGAUAUGGAGGAGGCGAGCUACAAGGACCCAAGUAAAAAAUUCAAAGGUGACGUGAUGGACCUUCGUCUGGAUAUUGAAAGACGUAAGAGGUUUGCUGGGAGAGAGCCCGAGUACAAGCGUGAAGGAGGCAAGAGCCCUGGAGGCUCCCGGGGACCCAGCAGAGAGAGGUCCUCUGAGAAAUCUGGGAAACACCACAAGAAAUCCAAGAAGGGAAAGAAGAAACGGGAUCGCUCUCCUUCCUCCUCCUCCUCCUCCUCCUCUCCAUCCCCUUAUCCUCCACCUUUCAGAGGCAAAGAGUACAUGGGGGAGGGGAUGGAGCACCCGGAGGAAGGCUUCAGCCACCCACGCUACCCUCCGCGGGACUACGCCGGCCCCGGGGACAGGGGCCCCCGAGAGUACGAGGGCUACAACACGGAGCGAGGCCGAGGCCGCGGAUUUUUCCCCAGAGUCAGAGGACGAGGUUGGAACAGGGGAAAUUAUCCAGGCAACAACAGCAACGGAAACCCAGCCAAUAUGAACCCCCCAGUCCGCCCCCCCGAGGAGGAGUGGGACCCUGAGUACACUCCCAAGAGCAGGAAGUACUACCUGUCGAGCUCAAUAUCUUUUCAGCACGACGACCGCGACGGCGAGAAAACCUGGGUGGACAACCGGGGCCGAGGUCGGGGCUCCUUCCCGAACCGCCGCGGACGCUUCGUGUACCGCAAGGGAGGCAGCAGCCCGAAGUGGACCCACGACAUGUUCCAGGGGGGAGAGGAGGGCGAGCUGGGAGACGACGGCCUCGAGGUGGAACACAAGGAAACCAAGAGCGCCGGAGACGGCGCCGCCUCGAAGCCGUAAACGCUCCCAUCACCUGCGAUCUGUGAUGGAGACGUUCUGUUUUCUAGAUUCUCCCACUUCAUCUCCUCCUCCUCCACGAUUUAAAAACGUGUUAAGUGAGUUCCUGCAGCGUGACCGACGUGAAUGAAGAGCCCCCACUGUGGUUUUUUUGUUUUUUUGUUUUUUUGUUUUUUUUAUUGUUUACUUUUUAAGGGAGAACUAACUGAGGCAACAACAUUUUCUCUGCAAGCACGACAAAAUAAAAAGCAUUUGUGCCUUAGAAUAAACUAAUAUAGUAAUGUGUUAGUUCCGUGAUCGGUUAGGAGGUACAGCUCUGAGGGGUUUGACAUCCAAUCAUUUUAUUCCUUUGUUUGGAGCUGUGAUAAAUAUUUAAUGUUGCUGCAUGAAGUGUUUGAUUCAUACCUCGCUCCAGGGGACCAAUCAGUAGUGGUCGCAUGGCUCAAGAUGAACAAACCAUCAGACGUCCCUCGUUGUCUGAGCUCUUUCAUACAGCGCCACCCCACCUGUAUCUUUCUCUUUAGGACGUGAAGACAUGUUGUAGUGUGUGUGCUGCAGUAUAUUCUCAUCAGUUUGUGGGUGUGUUCAGUUUAAAACAAAUGUAGACGGUUAAAAAAAAAAGAAGAAAAAAAAAUUGCUUUAGACAAAACACAUGUAAGUUUUCAGCCUCUGUCGUUUCAUUUUAGGAGAGCAGUUACCCUUGUUUAGAUUUUUAAUUAAAAGAAGAAGAAAAAAAGAGCAUAGUUAUUACAAAAGACUAAUACAUGUAUAGAGUUAUCAGAUCUAAAUUAUUGUGAACCUGCAGUUUUAAAAUUCUGUCCAAGAGCCUGAACAUGGGAAAAGAAAUAAGCUGGAAGAGGAGGAAAGUGUAUAUUUUUAAGAGUAGACACAAACUAGCAGAACUAGUUUUGUGACUUUCACUGUGCUGCUUCAUCCCACUCGUCUGUACAUACUUCAUGUACUUCAGGACUGUACUGUUUUUGUUCAUUUUUUUUUUUUUUUUGUUUAAUCUGAAGUUUUUGUUACUGUUCUCAAGAGCUUUGAAGUACCCGUCUUUUAAUUUUCAAUAAAUUCUCCUUUGAUUCAAGA